CUGGGAGCAGGGCCCCCACCCGCCAUGGCCAGCGUGGUGGUGAAGACGAUCUGGCAGUCCAAAGAGAUCCACGAGGCUGGGGACCCCCCUGCGGGGGUCGACAGCCGCUCCCAGAUUGUCCCCGAGGCUCCUGGGGUGGUGACCAGCCCAGCUAAAGGGGCCUCGAAGAAAAAGAAAGCCGUGUCGUUCCUCGGGGUGGAGCCUCGGAUGUCCCACGAGCCCAUGCACUGGUGCCUGAACCUCAAGCGGUCCUCAGCCUGCACGAACGUGUCCCUGCUCAACCUGGCUGCUGUGGAGCCCACCGACUCCUCCGCGACAGACUCCAUCACCGACGACAGUGGCUUGCUGGCCCUGCCCUCCGCCUCCCCCACCCCACCCUGGGCUCCAGAGGACCCAGACAUCACGGAGUUACUGAGCGGGGUCAACAGCGGAUUGGUUCGUGCCAAAGACUCCAUCACCAGCUUGAAGGAAAAGACGACCCGGGUGAAUCAGCACGUGCAGACACUGCAGAGUGAGUGCUCUGUGCUGAGUGAAAACCUAGAGAGAAGGCGGCAAGAGGCGGAAGAACUAGAAGGGUACUGUACUCAACUCAAGGAGAACUGCCGGAAGGUGACCCGAUCGGUGGAAGAUGCGGAAAUAAAAACCAACGUCCUGAAGCAGAACUCUGCCCUGUUGGAGGAGAAGCUGCGCUACCUUCAGCAGCAGCUGCAGGAUGAGACCCCCCGGAGGCAGGAGGCCCAGCUGCAGGAGCUGGAGCAGAAGCUGGAGGCGGGCCUCUCCAGGCAGGGCCUGAGCCUUGUCGCCCCGCCCCCGGGCUGCUCUGGGCCGCCAGGCAGCCCUGAUGAGCCCCCACGACAGCGGAGCCUGGCCCCAGGGGGCCGGGGACUGGGACCCCGAGCAGGGGAAGGCCUCGUCAUGAGCGACCAGGAGUUGCAGAAGGUGUCUGCAGGCCUUGAGGAGCUCAGGAGGGAGGUGUCCUCCUUGACUGUCCGGUGGCAUCAGGAGGAGGGGGCCGUGCAGGAGGCCCUGCGGCUGCUUGGGGGCCUGGGUGGCAGGCUCGAUGGCUUCCUGGGCCAGUGGGAGCGAGCACAGCGUGAGCAGGCACAGACCGCGCGAGGCUUGCAAGAACUACGGGGCCGAACUGAUGAGCUGUGCACUAUGGUGGAGCGGUCAGCAGUGUCUGUGGCUUCACUGAGGAAUGAUCUGGAGGGGCUGGGCCCAAUGAAACCGAUCCUGGAGGAGCUGGGGCGGCAAUUUCAGAGCUCUCGAAGAGGGUCUGACCUCACCAUGAGCCUGGAUCGGAUCCCCCAAGGCCCCUGCACCCGCUGCGCUAGCCAGGGGCAGCAGUUGUCCACAGAGUCCCUGCAGCAGCUGCUGGAGCGCGCGCUGACCCCGCUGGUGGACGAAGUGAAGCAGAAGGGCCUGGCUCCUGCUUGCCCCAGCUGCCAGAGGCUACACAAGAAGAUUCUGCCCGGUCAGGCAAGCCCAGCCGCGCCUACACUCCUCUCCCCAGGAGCUGGAGCGCCAGGCCUUGGCCAAACACGUCAGGGCAGAGGCCCUGAGCUCCACCCUUCGGAUGGCCCAAGACGAGGCCCUGCGGGCCAAGAACCUACUGCUAACGGACAAGAUGAAGCCGGAGUGAGGAAGGAGGCUGAGGGCAAGGGAGGAGGGGAGAAGGUGGCCUCUCUGGACUAUCUGCACUUGAAAAUGUGCUCCCUCCACGACCAGCUCAGCAACCUGCCACUUGAGGGGUCCACGGGGACAAUGGGGGGAGGAGGAAGUGGCGGGGGAACUCCCCCGAAACGUGGGGGGCCCAACUCCUGAACAAUACAUGACUCCUCAUGCUGGCAUGAAUUCUAUCUCCUUUGUUGGCCCCCGAAGAGGGCUAGUGAAUCGGAGGCGCACUGUGCCCCAGUCUCUGUGCUCACAGUGACUCAGUCCUCAGCUAACGGGCUGCCUUGGUUCCGGAGAGAUGCUGAUGCCGGUCCAGUUCUUUGAAAGGUGGCUGGGAGUAAAAAUAAGGUUCUGCAGUGCAGCGUGGGCCAGUCAGCCAACAUUUUUCAGGGUGAUUGUUAUUAGAUAAUUGUCUCUUGCUGCAUAAAAAAAUGACCCCCCCGGCCCUGCUUGGUGUGGCUCAGUGGAUUUGAGUGCUGGCCUGUGAACCAAAAAGUCAUUGGUUUGAUUCCGGUCGGGGCACAUGCCUGGGUUGCGGGUCAGGUCCCCCAUCUGGGGGCAUGUGAGAGGCAACCACACACUGAUGUUUGCCUCCCUCUUUUUCUCCUUCCCUCCCCCUCUCUAAAAAUAAAUAAAUAAAAUCUUUAAAAAAAUUAUCCCCCAAAAUUAG